AUGAAUAAACUUCUGAUAGCGUUUGGUUUAGUAUUUCUUCUUGUGUUACUUCCUUGUGAAUCACAAUCAGAUGAACAUUUUGAUAAUGAUGGUGAUAGUGGUGGUGAUGAAGAAGAUGAUGAUGCUGAUUAUGAAGCAGAUAGUAAUGGUGAUGAGGGAGAUGAUGGUGAUGAUGAUGAUGACGAGGAAGAUGAUGAUGACGCUGAUGAGGGAGAUGAUGGUGAUGGUGAUGAGGAAGAUGAUGGUAAUGAUGAUGGAGAAGAUGAUGGUGGUGAAGGCGACGGUGCUUACGUUACCAAAGGAGAAUUUGUUGAAACAGAUGGCAAGAAGAAAGAAUGCAAGUCUCAUGAAGCUUGCUACGAUCAACGUGAACCACAAGAUUGGUGCAGAUUGAACGAAAAUCAAUCGUGGACAGACAAAGGUUGCUACUGUGACGAUAAGUUGCAUUCAUGCAUUAUUGAGCGCAAGAACGGUGGCAAGUUGGAAUAUGCGCACUGUGCGCCUGAACAAGGAUGGAAAUGUCCAAGCAAGUAA